GAUUUGGUUGUGUGUGGUUGCGUGGAUUCAAUUGAGUUUUUGUGUCGCAGUUUGGCUCCCGGUUUCCGGACACUACAUGGCAUCCUUUGUCAGAGUGUGCGUGGCUUUGCUUUGUGUUGGGGCAGACACUCGAGAAAAUGAUGUGGUCUUCGCGGAGGUGAAACAAAUUGAUUUCAAAACAACACAACCAAAGACUUGGUGUGGCUUCCGGGACUUGGAUGGAGUGUCAUCGGCUGAACCUUUGCUGAUCAAAUCAGCAGAAAAAUUUUCGUUCCAUUGGGAUUCCGUUCUGCCAGAGGACGAAAUCGUCAGUGUCGAGCUUUCCAACUCCUUCACAUUCAAACCGUAUGCAAAUUUGCACCAAACAUCCCUUCCAGUGACAUGGGCUGUUGCCAAGAAGAUCCUCAAAGGCGAACAUCCAGUGAGCAGGACUUUUGCAUCGUAUAUCCAUCAGCAAUCCUUGCUUUCUCCAUUGGACCCGUUUUUGUCUGAAAUAGCAAGGCACCUGCCGCAAUGUUUUUCUGAGAUUGUUGCGCACAAAGUGCUAUUUUGGUUGGGUGGCUCGACCAACCACACGUCUGGUUUGCAUUAUGAUGCCGUUGACAACCUGUACGUCAUGCUGGAAGGGUCAAAAGAAGUGAUUUUAUACCCCCCAUGGCAUGCUGCAAACCUGGCUUGUGGUCGCAGGUUGACUGGAAACUUCUUCAUGUUCGAUGAGGCGGACUUCUCAGAAGCCACUAUUUCUCCACGAUUUCCUGCACAGCCUAGGUGGAUGAGUGAGUGCGAAGAUUUCAAGCAGGUGACAAAGCUCCGCGUUCAAGUGGAAGCUGGUGACAUCCUGUGGAUACCCAGUGGUUGGUUUCACACAGUGCGAAGCUCUCCAAAGUCGGUGGCAACCAGUAUUUUCCAUCACGGCAUGGCUGCGGUCCCACAUGGCAUGCUGGUGAGUUUGCUUAAUCCCAAGCAUUUACGAUCCAUUUUUCAGGAAACUCCUGUGAUGGAAGAGGCGCAACACGUAUUGACCGCGAAGAUCUUGAGUGCUUAUCCAGAUCUUGAUUUUCAAGAUGAGGAAGAUGGCCAGGAUGAGAAAGUGAAAGAUCAGGAAGUGGCAGAAUCUUUCAACCGUCAUUUGCACAGAUAUUCAGCUACCUCACGACAGUCACUACAGGAGCUGCAAGGGCCGCAAGUUGUGGGGCGUAGACUGAUCGAAGCGCUCGCGCGGAGGCCUUUAGUAGCGACAUUGGCAGAGGCGCUUGAAAGGAAUCCUGAUUUGAUUUGCAAGGUUGUUAUGAACCCCAACGCACUGUCAAUCACUUUGAAUCAGCACUUCUCGUGUGUUUUCUUAUUUGCUUAAACUGGCGUUAGCGAGCCUAUGCCCAGCAGGCUAAGAGGGUAGCUGCAAGUACCCUAGGCAGUGGCACAAUCUUGUCAGAGAAUCAGACCUUGAUUCGGCCUUGCUUGCUUGGACCAAAAGCGCUGUGAACAAUCUUAGCGCCAGCAGCAAAGCAACGACCAUUUCAGGCAAGGCCUUUAUAUAGUUGUGAUGUGAUGUUGCUAUGGCUUGUUGGGCGAUGUGGGCAACCCGAAAAAAAUGAUAUUUGCCCAGAUAGCAACCCAUUAAGGUGCAUUCGUCUUUGGUUUUGUGAGGCUGGCUGCAUGAGAUAUUUCCUGGCUGUUUGGAUGCUGGAUGUGCAGACGCCAUGCGAGAGGUGGCCCUGGUUUCUUCGGAUGGUUGGCUUCGCGGUUGUCGUGAGCAAACCAAGAAAGCAAAGAUGAAGAUAGAGCUCUAGCAGCUACUCUAGCAGCUCUAGUUGAUUCUGAUCAGACGAUCUGGAACACCCAAUCUCUUGUGCUCCUGGGAUCUCAAUUUUGACACGGAUCUGCAGACUCUGCGCACAUUGGCCGGUCCGAGAGUCCACGCUCGGCUGUUACUGUGUCCACGCUGGAUUUCCCCACUCAACAGUUUGGGCUGAAGGGGCGAGAGCAUUGACCAUGUCUAUCGAGCGCGAGAGACAAGCUGUGCUCGGGCAAUCCGCUGUGUCAUUUAGAGGGUUUUCGGUGCACUGGCACUGAGAUGUAUCGAGUAUAGAGUAGUGGAGUGAUUGGCUUGGUGUGCCUGGAGAUUGAGCUUUGAAAGAUCAUCUCCAGCACAAAGACCAGCUAUUUCUGAAAGUGGUUGCUAGGCCACCGGCGGCCACCGACUUCUUCAGUUUCAUAUUGAA